AUGUUGGCGCAAAGCUGUUGCCUUCGACUGCUGAUCCUCCUCCUUCUGUUCAAAUCAACCUGCAGCGUUCGGGAAAAAUCGCACAAAUAUUUCAAGAACCGAAAAUUGCGAGAGAGAAGGAUCAAAUUGUACGGCACCAAGAAGACUGAGAUUCAACCACUGUUGAUUAGUACGUGGAACUAUACGGAUGCCAAUUUGCAGGCAUGGAGUGUGUUGAAGCAAGGACCUCGCAGGACUCGUAUGGCCGUGAUGCAGGGUUGCAUGGCCUGUCAGAAUCAGCGAUGUGGACGCCUACUGGCCGGAGGAUCUUCGCCAGACUCGGAGGGAACACUCACCCUGGAGGCGGCCAUUAUGGAUGGAGAACACUUGGAGUACGGUGCAGUGGCCGCAAUGGAAGGAGCUCGGAAUGCCAUUCUAGUGGCCGAUGCCGUUCUCAGAUACACCAAACAUUCGGUUCUGGUCGGAAAAAGUGCCACAAAAUUUGCCAGAUCUUUGGGUUACAAGGAGGAGUUCCUCACGGAUGGGCGAACAAAAAGUGUCUGGAAAAAGUGGCGUUCACACGGCUGUCAACCGAAUUUCUGGCGGGAUGUACGUCCGCCGCCAACGAAAAACUGUGGUCCAUACACACCAUUGCCCGAGCACCUGCAUCAGGAUCCGAUGCACCAGGAGUAUGCCAUCACACAGGGUCAACACGAUCAGCUGGCCUUCUUGGCCCUGGAUGCGGAGGGUAAAUUCCAUGUGGCCAGCCAAUCGAGUGGCGCCCAAUUUCGGAUUCCCGGCCGAGUGGGUGAUGCGGCGGUGCCUGGUGCCGGGAUCUAUGCGGAUAACGAUGUGGGUGGUGCGGUGGCCAGUGGCGAUGGUGAUGUCCUAAUGCGGCACCUGCCCGCCUUCCUGGCCGUCGAAGCAAUGCGAGCGGGCAAGCGACCGGACCAGGCCGCCGAGUGGGUGGUGCAACGCCUGCUGCGACACAAUACGGAAUUCAAUGGAGCCGUGGUGGUGGUCAACCGACGGGGCAUCUAUGCCGCCGCCUGUGCCGGACUCGACGAGUUCCAUUUCGUGGUCAGUGGGGGCAAGGGAUACCUCAUCAUGGCGCGCGUGGAGCGGAUCAAGUGCUUGGAGCGCGAGGAUGAAGUCGUAGAUGAUGGACCCAAGGGACUGUUUCCCACCAUACCCGAAAAACAAGCGGUUCCCAGAGGGUAGAAAUCUACUUAGUAUUUUCUAUGCCUACAGUACAACUUCUACCAUAUUAUCCUUAAACAGCACUACUUGUUAAACAGUUGCUUAAAAGACCAUUAGCUAUAAGGUAUAAUUUUCCU